AUGUUGGCGGCAUCAGCACCGCCUCCCGAAACGAAAGAACCUGAGAGAAAUGAUGAAGACUUGGAACCUGUACAGACCCUGCAACCUUCACAGACCUUGCAACCUGUACAGACCCUGCAACCUUUACAGACCAUGGAACCUUUGCAGUUAUUGCAGCCUUUGGAAGAUCAGAUAUUAAUUCAGAAGUCAACAGAAGCCAUCGAACUAACCGAAGCAGCAUCCGACUCCGGCCUCCAAGACCUAGUUUCUGUGGAGAGGCUGAUAAUCAUCAAGAAGGUGGCCAUGAAGCAGCUCCUGUCGCUGCAGAGUCAGCGGAGCCGGUACAUCAUCAAGGCGGCUGACUGCGCGCUUGCCUACUCCGUUCUGGAGGAAAACACCUGGUGGCUGGGCUUUCUCUGCUACGGUUUGCGGCCCUGCCAGCUAAAGAUCAUGAACAAGGCUGGAGACGAGAUUAUCAGGAUCCUGCGGCCCUUUGCCUUCACCACGAGGGUCACUCCGUGCCAGCUGCAACGGAUGGAGGUAUACUCUCCUCCGGACAAAUUGAUCGGCACCAUCGAGCAAAUUUGGACCCCCAUGAAGCCGUGCUACUCCAUCAAGGGUCCUGAUGGAGAGGACCUCUUCUCCGUACAAGGACCAUCAAACACCCUGGGCAUCUACCGCGACCUGCACUUCGAGAUCGUGCGGCCCGGGGGCUACCACGUUGGUAGCACCUGGAAGCGAUGGAGGGGGCUCGCGCAUGCGCUGUUCCGCUCCCCCACACUAGACAAGUACGUGUUAGAGCAGGAUAGCACGGCGUUUGGGCUGGCGUUCCAAAGAGACCUCUCAGUAGAAGAGAAAGCGCUGCUCCUCGCCAGCUCCCUGCUCAUCGACUACAUGUACUACGACACAUAA